AUGGAGCUCAAGAAGCGCCUCAACUUUGGCAGCUUGAUGCGCAAACGGUCUUCGCAUCCAGCCCAGGAUGUCAAUAUCGAUCCAAAUGCUGACACGCCUGAGGCCAAUGCCACCAGGGGAGUGAUGCUCUUCUGCGAGUCUGGUGCCGCCAACUCGGGCGAAGAAGUCCUCCACCUGCCUACCAUCGUCGAGUCCGCCGUCGCCAGCCCGAGCGCUGCAUCAGCCGCCGCCAGACAGAUCCGCAUCUUCCUCUCCAAAGAAAACUACGCCCGCCCUCAUGUCCAGUAUAAUGCCGUUAUGCUCAUCAGAAUCUUGGCCGACAAUCCGGGCCCUUCUUUCACCAAGAACCUCGACAAGCAGUUCGCCGAUACAGUCAAGUACCUACUCCGCAACGGUCAAGACCCAAGCGUAGCGCAGAUUGUCAAGGAGACGCUGGACUCCAUGGAGCGAGAAAAGGCAUAUGACACCAACCUGAACACGCUGUUCACCAUGUACAAGAAGGAGAAGGGCCUUAUGGCUGUUGCCGCAAAGCAGUUCGGCCCCCGGAAGCUCAAUGCGCCAGCUUGGUCAGCGUCACAGAACGUACAGGGCGGCUUCAGUUCAGGGCACAGGUCGUCGUCCAAGACAUUGCCGCCACCAGCAGAGCUUGCAGGUCGCAUUGAGGAAGCGCGCACAUCGGCCAAGCUUCUCUUACAGCUUGUUCAGUCCACACCAGCAAAUGAACUACUUGGUAACGAACUGGUCAAGGAGUUCGCUGAGCGCUGCACGACCGCCCAGCGUAGCAUACACGGCUACAUCGCAUGCGACAAUCCGGCACCCGACGAUGAUACUAUGCUCACGUUGAUCGAAACCAACGAGCAGCUCUCCCUCGCUGCUUCCAAGCAUCAGCGCGCCAUCCUCCAGGCCCGUCGAUUCAUGGGUGCCUCGCCAUCUCCACCAGUGCAGAAUGGAAACGCCAUGUCACCGCCGCCGCCGCCAAAUGGUAACACUAGUCCAGCUGGUGUGCCUACACACAGCGAUGCGCCUUCGAUACCCUCCAUGAACUUUGGAACGAUGCAGCCCAGCCAACCGGCUGGCACAACAUCUACCAACUAUGGAGGCGACGAAAACAAUCUUCCUCCGUCACUGCAGGCCGCACCAAAUCGUACUCAACCGAGCGCACAAGAAGAGAACCCGUUCGCUGAUCACUAUACGACUACAUACACACCUCCAGCGCACCAGAACUCGUCACCGGCCAACGACUAUGGUGGCCCACCAGAUCCUUACCAUCCAGGCUUUCAAUCAACUCCGUCGUAUCUGGGUCGGCAAGAGAGCUCUGCAAACAACUUGACCAUGCAUGGCGCGCAACCACCGAUUCAGGAAGAAGACGAACACAUGCGACCGCGCAUUGAACGUCCACGGACGCCUGAUCUCAACUCCAUGGCUCGCUCGCUUCCAAAAUGCGUCGACACGUUGAUCAUUGGCAACGGGCCAUCAGCGCUCGUCCUCUCCUACAUUCUACACGGCCAUAUUCCAUACUACGUCGGUGGCCAUCAUGACGCGAUUCUCGACGCGAAAUUGCAGAAGUCACCCAAUCUGCUCCACCUAACACCGGAUCUCUACGCGCAUUUCCUGUCUUCUCUACGCUACUCGACCCAAGCGCUGCCGGUCAACACGCUGCUCGACACCCUCGUUCGACCCAAUGCUGAUACCGAGUUGAACCCCAAGUCCUGCAUCGAGUGGCGGUACGAGCCUGAGAAGGCUAUUCCACAUGUUGCGAUUGGGGAAACAGCCCAUGCAGGCGGGCAAUGGGCAGAGCAUCCCGUCUCUGCAAGCGCAGACAUUGGCACGUUGAGCUACGCCGAACAGUUGAGCCUCCCUGGCUAUUCGUACGCAGACCACUUGGCUAAGAGCGGAAGAGGAGACGAAGCCGAGUUCGUGCGGCCUUCGAGGGUCGAGGUUGCCGACUACCUAAGGACAUACCCGGAGGCGGUGGGCAUAGCCGAUAGCAUAUACACGGGGCUGAAGGUCGAGAAUGUGCAUCGGACGGUGCGCGGCUUUUCCAUCCGGAGUCUCGGUAUUCGGUGUAAGCAUCUCGUGCUUGCGUCCGGCAUCUUUACAGUCAGCAUCCCGCCUCCACUUCACUUUGCGCCCAUCGCACAGAUGGAUUCGCAACAAGCGCCACUACUUGUUAUUGGGUCCGGAUUCUCUGCGGCCGAUGUUAUCAUAUCUGCGCCGCCUACUCGUAGGAUCCUACACGUCUUUCAAUGGGCUCCCGAAAAGAGGCCGUCCCCAUUACGAGGCUGUCACCACACCGCGUACCCGGAGUAUGCAACCGUUUACCGCCAAAUGAAGCUUGCAGCGAUUACAUCCAAGAAGAAGAAUGCAAAGUCUCCUUCUGCACGGCGCAAGUCGAAUCCAUUUCACCAACGCGACUGGACGCUCUACGAAGGCCUGCCCAAUGCCGAGGUUGUCAGCGCAUCUGUGUCCGGAAAUGUAGCAACCAUAGUACUACAACUGCCGUCAGGAGAAACCGUCACCCACGAAGUAGGCGGUCUAGCUUAUGUUGUUGGCCGACGCGGAACGUUGGAUUUUCUGUCCCAAGAACUAUGCGCUGAGGUUCUAACUUCGCCCGACCAAAUGAGUUCCGGCCCAUCUUCCGCGCAUCUGAUCUCAGGCCGAACAUUCCGUGCCAAAGCCGAAGCUACGUCCCUCGAGGUAGCUAGAGACGUCUUCAUAAUUGGUAGUCUUACUGGUGAUUCUCUCAUCAGACACGCAAUCGGUGGUUGCGUCUUCGCCGCUGGUCGAAUUCUGGGUGCCAUACCGACUAUUUACUCUCCUGACAGUACUCCCUCGCCUACCUCUUCCACUCCCCGAUCUGCAUCACCAGUAUCUACGUCUGAUACUGAAAUUGCUGCUGAAGAUAUGCAGGCUAGUCCGCGGAAAGAGAAGGGCGGAAGGCGUACGCCGGGCGAGUUGACGAAUGGGCAUGCAGACUUGCACCUUGAUCGGAGGAAGCUUGUAAGGUCGGUGGAGACGGCGAAUGCAGAGAAUAGAUAUUGGGUUGACUCUGGUUGGUGGGCUGGUGGAGUGGGCCCGGGGAGGAGUUGA